AUGGGCGCCGCCGGCUCCUCGGCUCUGGCCCGCCUGGGCCUCCCCGCGCCGCCCGGGCCCCGCUGGCUGGGGGUGGCCGCCCUGGGACUGGCCGCGGUGGCGCUGGGGGCCGUCGCCUGGCGCCGCGCGCGGCCCGGUCGGCGCCGGCGGCUGCAGCAGGUGGGCACGGUGAGCGAGCUGUGGAUCUACCCGGUCAAGUCCUGCAAGGGGGUGUCGGUGGACGCGGCCGAGUGCACGGCCCUGGGGCUGCGCAGCGGCCACCUGCGGGACAGGUUUUGGCUUGUGAUCAACAAGGAGGGGAAUAUGGUUACAGCUCGACAGGAGCCCCGCCUGGUCCUGAUUUCCCUGACCUGUGAGGGUGACAUGCUGACCCUCAGUGCAGCCUACACCAAAGACCUGCAGCUGCCCGUCAAGACACCCACCACAAAUGUGGUGCACAAGUGCAGAGUGCACGGUUUGGAGAUCGAGGGCAGAGACUGUGGUGAGGCUGCGGCUCAGUGGAUAACAAACUUCCUGAAGACACAGCCCUACCGGCUGGUGCACUUUGAACCCCACAUGCAACCGAGAAAUUCUCACCAAGUAGAAGAUGCAUUCUCACCUACGGACCAGAUCCCCUACUCAGAUGCCAGCCCUUUCUUGAUCCUUUCUGAGGCAUCGUUGGCAGAUCUCAACUCCAGGCUAGAGAAGAAAGUUAAAACAGCCAACUUCAGGCCCAAUAUUGUAAUUUCAGGCUGUGGUGUCUAUGCAGAGGACUCAUGGAAUAAGCUUCUUAUUGGUGACGUGGAACUGAAAAGGGUGAUGGCUUGCUCUAGGUGCAUUUUAACCACAGUGGACCCAGACACCGGCGUCAUGAGCAGGAAGGAGCCACUGGAGACGCUGAAGAGUUAUCGCCUGUGUGACCCUUCUGAACGAAAGUUAUAUGGAAAAUCACCCCUCUUUGGACAAUAUUUUGUUCUGGAAAACCCAGGGACCAUCCACGUGGGAGACCCUGUGUACCUGCUCGGCCAGGAAUAG